AAGCCCUUCAACGCCACCAAACAAUCACAAACCACAGGCCUCUCUCCCAUCAGACCACAAAUCAAGUCAACAUGCGCGCCUCAACACUCCUAGUCAGCGGCAUCGCCACUCUAGCAAACGCAUACCACAAACCCCAAGACAAGCCAACAUGGGGCGCACUUCUGACCCCAAAUGGCGACCUACCCGUCACGCGAGGGCAACCUUUUGACAUCACCUGGAACCCAAAGUACUCUGAUCCAAACUAUGAUGCUUCUGGACAGACCGUGAGCUUGGUUCUCUGUCGCGGAAACUCUAACACUUGUAAUCCGGACACAACAGCUAUCGUGGAAGGCGUCAAGGCAACAGACAACAAGUGGACGUGGAAUGUGCCUUGCGAUUUACCUGCUGGAGAGAAGAAUACGGAUUCGGGCUACGGCAUGUUGAUUAUUGUGGAUCAGGAUGGACAGUUUCAGUAUUCGACGCAGUUUUCGGUGUUGCAGGGUGAUACUUGUCCUUAGGCUCUCAGGUGGUGCUGGAUGUGUAAUGGGUGGAGUUCUCGAUAUGAUCCCAAAGCUUGGAUAGGACACUGGCGAAAGCAUAUAAGACUCAUACGAUGAGACCAGUGAGAAACAGACUUUAUUUCGCACGGACUGGGCGUCAUUGGCUCUCAUGAGGGACUUCAAAUUGUACACACGAUGGCAUUGACCCUUUGUGGAUUUGAACAACCGUCAAACAUGACUACGAACGCACACGGACUAUAGUGACAUUUCUCGCCUGAAGACACGCCUUGCGGUCAACUUUCUGGCAGUUGCAAAAGUUAGCCAGAUUCGAUAGAGUAGCAUCUCUGUGGCACUUGUACUAAUGAAUGCACGAC